AUGCCGCUGGGCCUGGGCCGCCGCAAGAAGCCGCCGCCGCUGGUGGAGAACGAGGAGGGCUCCGGGGCUGGCGGGGGCGCGGCGGGGGAGCCCGGGGGGGCGGCGGGGGCCGGGGCCGGGGCCGGGGCCGGGCCCGCGCUGCGGCCGCGCCUCGUGUUCCACACGCAGCUCGCCCACGGCUCGCCCACCGGCCGCGUGGAGGGCUUCAGCAACGUGCGGGAGCUGUACGGGAAAAUCGGGGAGGCCUUCGGCAUCCCCCCGGCUGAGGUGCUGUUCUGCACGCUGAACACGCCGCAGGUGGACAUGGAGAAGCUGCUGGGGGGACAGAUCGGCCUGGAGGAUUUCAUCUUCGCGCACACGCGCGGCCGCCGCAAGGACGUGCAGCUGCUCAAGUCCGAGCAGGCGCUGGGGCUCACCAUCACCGACAACGGCGCCGGCUACGCCUUCAUCAAGCGCAUCCGCGAGGGCUCGCUGGUGGCGCGGGUGCCGCAGGUGGGGGUCGGGGACGUGCUGGAGGCGCUGGACGGGCGCAGCCUGGUGGGAGCGCGGCAUUUCGAGGUGGCGCGGCUGCUGCAGGAGCUGCCCCGCGGGCAGCGCUUCACGCUGCGCCUCACCGAGCCCCGCCGCGCCCCGGAGGUGCUGGGGCCGCGCUCGGGGGGCGCUCGGGGGGAGUUCCCCCAGGGGGGCCGGGGGACGCUGAGGCUGCGCUCGAGGGGCCCGGCCACGCUGCAGGAGCAGCCCUCGGCCUUUGAGGAGCGCGCGGUGGCCAAGGUGGACGAUCUGCUGGAGAGCUACAUGGGCAUCCGGGACAGCGAGCUGGCGGCCACCAUGGUGGAGCUGGGCCGCGACGCGCGGGACCCGGACGCGCUGGCCGAGGCUCUGGACGCGCAGCUCGGGGACUUCGCCUUCCCCGACGAGUUCGUCUUCGACGUCUGGGGCGCCAUCGGGGACGCCAAGGCCGGGCGCUGCUGAGCCCCGCUGGGGACCCCCCCAGACCGGGGACCCCCUGAACUGGGACCCCCCCAGGGACCAGGGAACCCCCAGGGACCAGGGAACCCCCCUGAACUGGGGAACCCCCCUGAACUGGGACCCCCCCGCUGCAAUCCCCGUGAUUGGGGAACCCCCCAAAAGCUGGACCCACUCCCCCAAAAUCUGCUGGACCCCCAAAGUGCCCUGAGAGCCCCCCCUGAGAGCCCCCCCUGAGGAGCCCCCCCGGGACCUGGGUGCCCCCAAUUC